AUGUCGAAAGCUAAAAAAGAUGUCGUGUGGGAAGACCGAGAAGUGCUUUUCGAUUUACCUUUCGAAUAUUUAAAAUUAAGGUCUGGAGAAAAGGUUUUUGAUAGAAUCGAUGCGAUAGAAGAUACAAAAGGCAACAGCGGUAUGCAAGGACGCCUCGUUGUCACAAACUUGAGAAUCAUAUGGCACUCGUUGAGUUCACCGAGGAUCAAUUUGUCUAUGGGCCUAAACUGUGUCAUAAGCACAAAUACAAAAAUCGUCAACUCCGGUCUUCGAGGCACCACACAAGCUCUAUACGUGUUGGCUGCGUACAGCAAAAACAAAUACGAGUUUGUCUUUACCAACUUAGCCCCAAACUGUGUGAGACAUUAUACUACUGUGACUGGAGUCCAUAAAGCUUAUGCAUCAUCGAGAAUGUAUCGCGAUCUAAAACUGAGAGGUGCAGUUGUAAACAAUAAACAGUUACGAGUAUUACCACUAGAGAAGAUAAGUCUUCACGAAAGGGGCAUUUGGAACUUAUCUAGUGAUUCUGGAAACUUGGGAACGAUGAUAGUGAGCAAUGUGAGAAUUGUCUGGUACGCGGAUAUUAAUGAGGCCUUUAAUGUUUCUAUGCCGUACAUCACUAUAGAGAGUAUUUCAAUACGUGAUUCAAAGUUCGGAGAUGCUUUGGUAAUAAUAAUCAGAGCUACGUCUGGUGGUUACGUAUUGGGCUUCAGAGCAGAUCCGUACGAGCGUUUACGACCUUUACUCACUGAGCUUCAAACAUUACACCAGGCGUACACUGAAACGCCAAUUUUCGGUGUUGAAAUGAAUUGGGAUAAAGAGGUAUCAAAGCCUACAUACAACGAAUUAGACGAACUUGAAGAAAUAGGUGAACCACGUGGUGAAAUGGGCCCAAGCCUGUAUCUAGCAUCUCAGCAAGCUCAGAAUAAAGAAGAUGUUGAUAUACAACCUGUAUAUAGUCCGUACUUAGGCUUAGCUAUCGAACCAUUAAAAGAAGGUUUUACAUUAAAAAGUCUUUUUGAAGUUCAAACAACAAAU